AAAGUUUUAUCGAUUGAAAGGGCGUCAGCCAGUUCCAUUUUCAGAUGAAAUUCAUGAUAAAGUUCACAAUAAAGUUGAUAUGAUGAGAAUUAGGAAGAUGGAAAGAUAAUGCUGACCCACCCAAGUCUAAAAGUGCAUUUCAACCGCAAUCUUCAACCUGGCAACAUUGAAAUUUCAAAUCAUUUCCUUUAUUCGUUUAUUCAAUAGUUAACUCUCAAUAUAUGGAUUUAAUGUUUAAACUGUGUUUGUGUUGUGAUAACAAUGGAUGAGGAUAAAGUUGCCCUAACCAAAGAGGAUUCAGUGAUUCAAGAAGACCGUGAAAACAAUGAUGAUGUUGGUGAAACUAGAAGUGAAUCAAAUGAAGACGAAAGUGUAAAAAAUGGUGAAAACAGCAACGUUCAGCAAAUACGAAGAGGAUUAACUCGAUCACGGUCAAACUAUCCAGAAUCUUCUGCCUCAUCGACCGUUGAUCAAGACGAUGAGCAUGGACAAGACUCUGAGGCAACCAUUUCAACUUCACCUUCCCAUCAUGGAGAUGCAAGUGAGGAUAAACAGAGUAAAGUUAAAAAUGGAAACGUGAGUGAGGAUCACAAGCCACCAACUUCUUCACCUUCACCUUCACCUUCACUGCACUCAGCCUCAACAUCGCCUUUGCCUUCACCAUGCCAGUCACCACCUUCACUCUCGGAAAAGAUACGUGACCGACGACGGUCUUCAUUGGCUCCACGAGAUUCAGAGCUUAUAACAGUUACUAAAAGAUCAAGAUCAGGUUCAAGAUCUCCUAGACGUGGAUCGACUACCUUUUUAAUGGGCGAUGACAGUAUAAUGGUUCAACUAGAGACGGGAAAACGACGAUUAUCAUCAUUCUGUGCUUCAUCUAAUGAUGAAACCAUGAUAACCAUAGAUGAUUCAUUAACUGAAGAGGAAAUUGUGGAAACAUUGAAAGCUCACAAGCAGAUAAUUUCAAACAUAAAGACUCAAAAUUGGCCGAUGCAUCGAAAACUCAAGAUUCUUCGUCGAGCAAAGAUGUACAUCAAGAAACACGAAGGAGACCUUAAACAGAGUAAACAAGCUAAAGAUAUUGUUACCAAAUACCGAACUUAUCUUGAAAAGUCCAUUAACCGAUUGAAACGUGAAAUUGAUAAUCUUGUUGUCCAAUUGACACCUUGGGAAAUGAGGAUAAAAAAGAUUGAAAGUCAAUUUGGUUCAGUUGUGGCUUCAUAUUUUACCUUCCUUCGCUGGAUCUUCUGGAUAAACACUUUUACCAGCAUUUCAAUGAUUGUCUUUCUCAUGGUUCCCGAGAUACUUCGAAGCAAUAAGGAUCCAACUCAGAUGAGGAAGUUUGAAGAUGCCAAUAAAAAUUUAACCUUUAAAGAGAUGAUUAACACUGCUUGGAAUUUUGAUGGCUAUUUAAAAUAUUCGCCAAUUUUUUAUGGUUAUUAUGAUAAUGAAGAGACAACAAGUAUUGGUUAUCGUUUGCCUUUGGUUUAUUUUGGUGUUUGCCUUUUACUUUAUGCCUUUAGCUUCUUCUGCAUCCUUCACAAAAUGACGCAGAAUGCUCGAAAUAAUCGGAUUGGAUCAAAAGAUGAUGAAUAUGUGUUUACAUGGAAACUUUUUACAGGUUGGGAUUUCAUGAUUGGAAACAGUGAAACUGCUUACAACAAAGUAGCAUCCAUUGUAAUGGGAUUCAAAGAGGUGAUAUUGGAAGAGAAGGAGAAGAAAAAGGAAGAAAAAAAUUGGAAAAUGAUCGUUCGAAGAGUAAUUGCAAACAUUUUAGUUUUACUGUUGCUCAUUUCAUCUGCUUAUGCUGUUGUUUUUGUUGUUCAACGUUCAUUGAAAUUACCAGAGAAUCCAGGAUUUAUCCGAGAAAAUGAAGUCACCAUUGUUAUCAGUGGAAUCCAAACAGUUUAUCCAAACAUUUUCAACAUCAUCGCAGCUCUAGAAGAUUAUCAUCCAAGAAUUGCACUCAGAUGGCAAUUAGCAAGAAUUUUGGUCCUCAACUUGCUUAAUUUGUAUGCUUUUUUACUUGCAACUUUUGAUAAAAUUGAUGAAAUGUCUGAGAAACUAUUGAAUUACAAGAAGCUGAUAAAGGGCAAUGUAACUGCUUUACGGUUAAGCACAACAAUAGCACCAAACAUUGAAAGUGAUACUAUUACAUUGAGAGUCAUCGAUUCGCUGAAACCUCGAGAGAAUGGUACAAUUAAACGUAAUCGUCGUCAACCUCAUGAAGGUCGACUUUACCCUCCAGAAGAUUUUAAAAUAACGCGAGGAGAUGUCGAGUUUAUUAUGACUACUGAAUCAACCACAUAUGAUCCUUAUGCGAGAAAUGAUUUAGAUGCCGAGGAACCAAUUGAUGGUCGCUACUUAUCAGGGUUUACUUCUCCGCCAACAUCGACUACACUUGGCAAUUCAUCUAAUGGAGAUCCUGGUGGAGGUAGUACUUUAGAUCCUGACUCUGAAAAUGGUACAAUAACGAUAACAUUGGAAGAGACUGAAUCAACUCCGCCAUCGAAUGGGUCUGAUGAUGGUCUAAGUGUAACGACCCCAAGUGCAUUUAGUGUCAAACAAUCUACUAUGAAAGGUUACUCUUCAUCUAGACCAUCUCAGUGGAUUAAUGGUUCAUUUGUCACAGAUAGCUUGCCAACAUCAACACCUUCAAGCCGUACCAAUAAGAGUACUCGACCAGUUACUAGUCGUCCUUCAACCAAAGGAGUAACUAGACUACCAACAACGAAGGUGACAGUUUCAUCGACUGUAAAACAAUCAGGAUCAGCUUCAGGAACAACAACAGUUCGACCUUAUUUUGAAACAACAACCCAAUGCUUACCCGAGACAACCACCAUAUUUACUUAUACAGCAGAUGAGAUACUGCAAUUAUCAGAAACUGAACGAACAUCUCUUCGAGAUUUAUGUUGGGAAACAAUGUUUGGUCAAGAGUUGGCUAAAAUUUUGGUUGCUGAUACAUUACUGGGAAUUGUUAUCACCAUUGUUGCCGAUUAUGGAAGAGCCUUGUUUGUCAGAUAUUGCAACGACUGUAGCUGUAUUUUUUGGGAUUUGGAGACACAGUUUCCUGGCUAUUCUGACUUUCAAAUCGCAGAAAAUAUUCUCUCACUUGUUAAUAAUCAAGCUAAUAUUUGGCUAGGAAUGUUUUUCUCACCUGGUUUGCCUGGAAUUAAUACAAUUAGAUUAUGUAUAUUAAUGUAUUUACAAUCUUGGGCUGUUUUGACCUCAAAUAUACCUCAUGAAACUGUCUUCAAAGCUUCAGGGAACAAUAAUUUUUAUUAUGCUAUUCUUUUAUCUAUGUUAUUCAUCUGUAUUCUUCCUGUUGGUUAUGCAGUUGUUUGGCUUGAACCUUCAUGGCAUUGUGGACCUUUCAGUGGCUAUCAUCGUGUUUAUCAUGUACUUACCAAAUAUCUCGAGAAAACGUUGCCUGAUCGAGUAAACAAAAUAAUUGACUAUCUUACGUCACCUGGAGCAGUUAUACCUUUGAUUCUGCUAAUGAUUUUGAUUAUUUACUAUUUAAUGUCUUCGGUUGGAUCACUUCGGGAAGCUAACAAUGAUUUAAAAUCACAAUUGAGAAAAGAGAAAGAUCUUCAAGAAGAGGAGGAUGAAGCUGCCGCUGCUGCUGCAACUGGUGCCACAGUAGGUCAAGAUGUAGCUGGUAACUGUCCACAAAUAAUAAAUACAAUUGAUGGCAUAUUAACGCCAGGAAUGGAAAAGAAACAUGUACGAAUUAAUGACGAUAUUGGCAAUGAUUCUGAUGUAGCCAAAUUAUUGGAUUCCAGCUGAUUAUCGAACCAUUUUUUAUAUCAACUUUUUAUUAUAAAAAUAAAUGCUUAUUUAAAUAAUUCAAGAGCCAGCAACUUGAUCAAGAUGAUGAUUACCAUGAAGCACACUUUUCAAUUAGCACAUUCAGGAUUAUUCAAGUUUUCCUUUAAACCAAUAUUUUCAUCAAAGUAACGUUGAAUCGAUUCAAUCUCAGAUUUAUCCAAUUUCUGAGUCUCUGCAAAUGAAGAAAAAGAUGGACACUGUUGAAGAGUUGGAGUAUCAAUGGUUGUUAUCUUUCCACCCAUAUAAUCAGGGAAGUUGUCCAGUGAAAUAAGACUCUCUAAUUGAGAAGCUGACAUGAAUUUGACAUGAUCACGGAGAUGUUUGGGGAAAAAGUAGCGAGCAGCUCUACAAAAGAAAGCAAAAGUCGAACUCAUCUCAAGGAAGACAAUGUACUCAAUCCAAGGUGGAUAUUGAUUGAGCCCAAUAUGAACCAACUCUUUAAGAGCAUUAAUAUCUAUACUUGGAUUACGGCAGUCAUAAAUAACAGCUGGCUUAAUUUCAUCGGCAAGGGUUCGAUUGCGAACCACUUCCAAUGAAUAAGUGAAAUAUUUCAAGAGCAACGAUCUUGGUCCUAGCGGAACUUUCAAUCUCAUCCACAUCAAUGGAUGACCGUCAAGAUCACUUCCUUGAUGAUAGAGCCAACCAAGGCGGAAAACUUCAGCUGGAAAAUCGGUGGCUUUCAAAUCAUUGAUGUGCUCCUUUUUACGCCAUUGGCAGUGUUUCACUAAUGUUUCCAGAGCUUUUGAUAAAGAUGAAUUUGUCUCGAGAAAAGAUAUGCAUGGUAUAUCAGAUGACUUAACCAAUUUAAUAUCCCGAGCAUCAAAUUGGUCUUCAUCUGAAAGAUCAAGAAAUGCUUUACGGAGUUUCUCAAUAGACUUUUUAAGAUCACUUGGUUCCAUGUUGAAAGCGUCCAAGGCACACAAAGUAUCACAAAUAUCCAACUACAAUGGCAAAUCUUUUAAAAGGGACUUUUCUGUUCACAAAUCAACAAACAAUAACUUAAUAAUUUAACUUUUAAAAUCAAUCUUCAAUAUUUUCCUUAAGACUCAAUCAAGUAAAGGCGCUACAGAAAAAGGAAAAUGUUUAAAUGAAAAAAUUAAGAGGACGCAGCCAGAAGGAGAAAGUUGAAAGUGUCCACUCUAAGACUGGACCUUUGAAAUUCAAUGAAUAGUGAACAGACUUGUUUUGUGCUAAAAAAGAUUAACGAUUGGAUGACAAGUGUGCUAUUGAAGUAGUAAGAUGUUAGUAAUGAUGUACCAUGAUUACUGCUUGAACGAUCAUGGAAAGUGAUUGAAAUGGAAUUAGUCAAGUGCGUAAACAAAUUAUCAAGAGAAUUAAACCCGAAAACAGGUCAUUAAUGCAUGAACACUAUCACUUUUUAAACUCAUCAUUUGCCAAAUCAGUUUCCGAUAAAUUAUCCGGAUUAAUUACCAACAGCUAUCAUGCUAACCAGUAUUUAAUGGUUGAUUAUUUAAACACUUCAAGUAUUAAAUUUUAAAAACUGAAAGAGUCA